GGUUCUUAAGACAAAGAGCAUCUCGUAGGCCCACAAAAAGGAUCGCUGAUGUCUUUCAGAAACAACUUCUCCUCUUUCAUCAACGCACGCCCUUUAGUUCAUACAUACUAGACUUAUCCCUGCGAACGCGAGUCAAAAGCGCCAGUCAGACAAUACACUGAGUUGGGUGGUUGCCAUGGAUCAUAUCGACUCCACCAUUGGCCCUCAUCCAAAGAAAGGCCGCUCAAAAAAUGGAUGCUAUACGUGCCGCAUCAAGAAGGUGAAGUGUGAUGAGGCGCGGCCGAGAUGCAAGCGCUGUAUACGUCUAAGACGGCUCUGUGAUUAUGGCGAUUAUGAGCCAAAGAUCAAACACAACGACCUAUUAGCUAUAUCUCGAGGAUAUAUGCUAGCUGUGGAAAAUUCGAAAGCAUUACCAACUUGGGCACAACGCGCAGCACUGACCAGAGCUCUUGCUCUUCCAACUCAGCUUCCAGAGUUCCCCAGCAGUGCGAGUUCGCUAAAUCUCACUUCGGCCGAUCAUGAGGCGAUACGGUAUUUCCGUACCACCUUUGCUAGGAUUCACCACACCAAGAAUCCGGAUUACUCACUUUUUUCUAUCAUAUUUACCCUGGCGCAAGAUGAACCAAUGGUUAUGCAUGCGUUAUUAGCCAUCGGUGGUCAUGAAAUUGAGUUCCGGCGAAACAGCACUUCAGACGGAGAAGCUGAUUACAAUUCUCAACUUGUACAACGGGAUCAAAAUAAGUGGACUCCCGUUCAACAUUACUCGGCUGCUCUAGGCCUCUUAGCCGAUGUCAUCGGAACGGCAGACGAUGGUCGGCAGUUGGAGUUGGACCCCAUCUGUGCGGUGCUAUACUUGAUGCUUGUCUAUGAGCAGAAAUAUGGAGACGGAACGUGUUCUGGAUUAUCGAAUCACCUCGCUGGGGCAGCUUUGAUUGUAAAGCAUCGUUGCAGCAGCCUUUCAGAUCAAAUAUCCACACGAGGUUGGCAAGGAACGCCAGUGUUGAGCAGAAUGCAGCCUCGGGAUGAUUCCCAGCAACCUGGACUGUCACUCUUUGUAAUCCGGCUGCUCGUCUGGAUUUCUCUCUGUGAUUCGACAGCCGCAACUUUUGGGCUCGGUGGUCAGUGCAAUAGCGAAUUGAAAAAUAUCAUGGCGCCAGACGAUUCAUCAUCGAUUGCCGGAUUUGACGCGCUUCAUAGGUAUUCAAACUCGCUAUACCGCUCAAUGUGGGGUGAUGCCUAUCCACAAGUUGAGUUGCUGGAUGACGUGGAGAAUCGAGACAUAUUCGCGUUUCUCUGUGCAUCCAUGCAGCUUCGUGGCAUCGUGGCUCAACUGUCUAAUCUUGAUGUGAACGACCUCAGACAGCGUCUACCAGCGGUCGAGUCCGCUUUUCGACAAAUUGAUCUUCGAUAUGGGGAGCUACUUGAAGUGGCAUCAGAUAUUUCCCUAUCUACAGACAACUCACAUCGCUUGGUAGCCAACAUUCGUGCCUUUGUUCCUAUAUAUCAUGCUGUAAAACUCGAGCUCCUGCGGAUUACUAGGAGAAAUGGCUUGACCACCAAGAUGAAAAUCGUGCCUGAAGCUCAUAUAACCGCCAUAAUUGAUUUGGCUGUUCAAGCUGAUAAACACCAAGGGGUCGAAGGCACUAUUAGGGUAGCAUGGCCUCUUUUCGUUGUUGCUCUUGAGACAAGCAACGUGGUUCAUCAGCGUUGGGUCCUUAGUCGGUUUAAGGCAAUGAGCAGCUACAGUAAGAAUCUAGAGCGUGCUCAUCGCUUUCUUACAGAAGCCCUUAGACGACAAUGUGAGAACAUUGAAGUUUACAAAGACUUCAGGCUCGAAAAUGGCGAAGUGUUUGUUAUUUGAAGCCGGUUUAAGACAAUGCGAUAACCUCGGUUAUUACGGGUGACCGGAGAAGGUGGGAUCAUGGUGGGCAAUACACAUAUAUAUGUUCUUUAGCAGAGUGACGUAUGAUCAAUAUUAUGAUAGCAAGCGAACUGUUUUACAUUCUUUAUUGGAUUGGGGGUAUGGAUUGCAGGCAUAUGCGUUGGCGCUUUACAACAUGAUUUUAAGUCGUAAGCAUGAUAGCAUGAAUUAGUGUAUAUGUAUGCAUGCG